AUGAAGUCAAGGUUAACCAUAUCGAGCGAGAUGAUAUGCUCCAAUGGUUAUGGAGGAAAGCGGAUUCAUGUGGUUGACAAUGAAACAAUUGCUUUUAUUUGUGGAAGAGGACUACGGUUUAUUAACUUGGAAACAAAGGAAGAGAAUUUCUUUUUACCAGACAUUUAUAUUGAUGAACCUGUGGUGGCUCAAAACAACAAUUCUUUCAUUGAUGACUUGGAAAAUGCCGAAGAGGUAACACAACGAAAAUUAUACUUGACUGCUGGAGUGUGCACAGCAGCUUUCAAUAGAAAGAAAGGAGUAUUUGCAAUUGCUGACAGCUAUUCAAAUCCAAAAAUUCGAAUAUACAAUUCAAAAACCUUUGAGUUGUUAAGGAUUCUCUCAGGAGGAGGAAUUAUUGAAUUUUUCGAUUUAGAUUUUUCAAGAGAUGGCUCUUUUUUAGCAUCUCUUAGUGGAAUCCCUGAUCAUUCCUUAAAGAUUUGGGAUUGGGAAAGAGGAAUAGUAAUUGCUGAAACGAAAGCCCCCAAUACAAGUAAAUUUGCCAACUUCAAUCCAAGAAACAAAAUGCAGCUUUGUACAAGCGGUAUAGCCCAUCUUGCUUUUUGGGAAAUCAAUUCUACUAUUGAUAGCUAUGAACUGCAUGCUCUAGAACCUAAGGUAUCGGAAAAUGUUUAUGAAAAAAUUAAAACAACAGAAAAAUACAGACAUGGCUGGGGCAAAAAUAAUGAUAUUCUUUGUGUCACCAGUGAUGGAGAUUUCCUUCAUUUCGAAAAUUUCAAUUCUAAUGGUGUAAUACUGGAUUUGGAUGAUUCAAAAGAUUCAAUGCACGAUAUUGCCGUUUGUAAACACUCAUGUAUUAUUGGAUUAUCGGAUGGCAAUGUUAAAAUUGUCGGAAUGUCUCAUGUUAUAAAUUCAACAGGAAACUACGAAGGAACGGCAUCAAGAAUAAUUAAUUUAGGGCACAGAGUGGGAGAUGUCAUCAAUGUCACUCUCUCUGGAAACUUUAAAUAUAUUUUAGCGGGUACUUCUGAUGGAGGUCUUUUCAGAAUCUAUAUCAAAGGGUUUGAAACAGAAUUUACAACAGAAUUUGAAAUUAUGAAGAAUGAAGUGAACAUCACACUGCUUUAUGAUUCUCAUGUUGGAUCUGUUUCUGGUGUAUUUCAAGUUGAACCAAAAAAGAUCGAUUCUGAGGAAGACAAGACAAUUUUGACUUCUGUAGGAAUGGAUGGUACAGUUAGAGUUUGGAAUUAUAAGAGAAAUAUUUUACUGGCAAAACGAAGAUUUAAUGCUCUAUUUUCGUGUGCUGAAUAUUCCAACGGAUUGCUUUUUGUAGGAUCAACGGUUGGAUUUUUACGAAUUUUUGAGUUCGAUGACAAGUAUCAACCGGUUCUCAUCUAUUGUCAACGCUUGAGGACAGCCUCAAUUACUGGUAUCAAAGUUGGAGGACCAGGGGACUCGAUGGUUGCCAUUUCGUUCUCCGACUUUCAUCUUGGUUUUGUUUAUUUAAGGACUAGAAAUACAGCAUUGGAUGACAAAAACAGUGAAGACAUGGUCGAUAUUGACACUUCAUUAGAAGAUGACGAUGAAGAAAUUUCUGUGCUUGGAUUUUGUAAAUUUAGCAACAAAAUUGCAACUCUCUCAUGGGCUUCAAAGAAUGGCCUCUACGUAGCGACAGAUAUUGGAGAUUUGUACAUGGUUGAACCUCCAACAUCUUUCGAAGAAGUUAUUCUCCUUAACAACAUUACUAAGGAUUUAUGGAAGUUAGAUUAUCCUUGCUACGGAAUUUCCACUUUUAGCGAUGAUCCAUAUCAUAUUUAUGCAAUCUCUCAAGAUAAAUCGAUCAAAAUUUAUGAUUUAAACUUGGAGGAUAGGCAAUCUGGAAUCAGUAAUAAUGUUAUCACGCCAAGUAGUGAGGUAUUGUGUCACCACAAAGUGGGAGAAUGCAUCAAACAAAGCCCGGAUGGCACUAUUUUAUGUACAGGGGCCAAAGAUGGAGUGGUUUGGAUACGAGUUGCCCAAACCAAUUUCUACGAACAAACAGAUGAUGACCAUAUAGCCCAAAUGCACCCAUUCCACAACUCGUACGACGGAGGCAUUUCUUGUGUUAGCUUCUCAAGUGAUGGAAAUUACAUUUUCUCUUCUGGUUAUGAUGGUUCUAUCUAUGUGUAUUGCUUAGAUCCUUCAGAGAACAUAACAAAAACUACGUUUAUGUCUGUAACCCCAAAGAGUUCAUCAAAAGACAAAUGUGAUCCUAUACCGGAAUCUGCAGAUGCUAAAACCAUUUUAGAGCUGAAAACAGAAAGCCAAAACAAGCUGGAAAACAUGAUGAAAGAAACCAAAAAGGAACAGUUUAAUUCCCAACUCGAGGAUCUUAGAAAAAUGUUUAUUGCAAUCAAAGAAGAGAAUGACAUUGCUAAUGAGGAUGAAAGGCUUUCUGAAAGCGAGUUUAUUAUUGAUGACGAAUUUAAAAAAUUAUUAGAAAAAGAAGGAGAAAAAGAAGCUGAAAAGUUGAAAGAAUGCAUGAAAAUUGAAAAUGCCAAAAAGGACAUUAUGGCAAAAAGGAUUAAAAAGGAAUGCUGGGAUUCUAUGGAAGAGCAUGCAACAUCGAUUGUUGCUUUCAAAAUGACUUCUGACUAUCAAAAGGACAGCAGUCUUCUUGAAGUCUCCAAUUAUGUGAUUCGAAAGAAGGACCCAAGGAAAGAGGUUAUUCUAGGAAAAAUUGCGUUUCUGAGAAGAGUUGAAGAAAUCAACCUUUGCGAAAGAAGAAAAGAAUACAUCACAUCCAAUAUCGAGGGUGGUAUUCAUAAUGAGGAUGAUGAAACAGAGCCAAUCAAACGAGCUGAUUCACGUGUCAUUGAGAACGGAGAAUCAAAAGCAGAAGAGAGCGAAAAUUUACUUGACUUUGGUAAGAAGUGGAAAGAAAGUAUUAGAAGCAAGCUUAUAUUGGAUAUGAAUGCGCUUUUGUAUCCCUACACGGACCUCUAUACUCGGCAAAGAAAGGCAACACAAAUUCUUCUCUUACAAGAUAAGAUUGACAAAAUGAUGAAACAGUUCAACUCUGAAUUCAAGACUGCUCGUGACGAAAAGCUUCAAGUCAUAAGAAAAAUUGAAAGAAUUAACGAAGUCAUCAACGACAUUGCUAAAGAGCUUUCAAGAUGUUCUGAAACUCCAGUUAAAAUUGAAAUAUUCGAUCCUAAACUCAAGCCGUCAGAAAAACCUGAACAAUAUAUUUUACAAGUGAGUGAAGAGGAAUUACCAGCAAAAUAUGAAUCUUCAGAAUUCUCCAAACAGUCAGACAAGAAAAAAGAUCAAAGCAGCAGAGUUCAUGAUAAGGAAGUGAUACAAAGAGCUUUGAACAUGAUGAUGGAUGGUAAAUUAGAUUUGGAUAAUACCGAUGUUAAGGAAGAAGAAAUCCCUGUUCCUUCUUGCAUCAACAAGGAAAAAUCUGAAUUAUCAGAUCAAGAAUUGAAGGAAUUGAGAGUGUAUGAAUCUCUUCUCAAGCAAAGGGAAGAAGAAAGAAUUAAGAAGGUGAAACAACUUGAAGCUAAACUCAACAACUCAAAACAACAGAUUGAGGAUGUGUGUCAAGAGUUUGACAACAGUCUUAAACUUCUAUUCUUGAAAAAAGCAAGCAAGUGA